CACCCGCGCGGGGAGAGCGUCCCCGGAAGAUUCCACGGCCGCCGAGGGCUUCCGCGUCCCGGACGCGUUUCGGUUGAGGCCGAGGGUCCGGGCCUGUUCCGCCGUCACGGUCCAAUGGCCGGGGAGGUGCAGGGCUUGGUGAUGUUUGAGGAUGUGGCGGUAUAUUUCUCCAGGGAGGAGUGGGGGCUCCUUAAUGUGACCCAGAAGGGCCUAUACCGGGAUGUGAUGCUGGAGAACUUUGCACUCCUUAGCUCACUGGGACUUGCACCUUCAAGAUCCCCUGUGUUUACCCAACUGGUGGAUGACGAACAGUCCUGUGUGACCAGCUGGGUGGAUGUGACUCUAGUCAGCAGAACAGAAGCCAGCAGAGGUCCUGUUUCUGGUCUUGAUGGUCUGUGUAGAGCGGAGGAUGAGAGAGCCCCUCCCAAGCAUGUAAAGAACUACAGAGUCAUCCAGCACCAAGACCCUCGUAGUGCGGGGAAGCUAAGAAGGCACACUGAGUAUGAGGCAGCCUUCCCACCUAGUUCCAGUUGUGGGCCACAGCAAGGAGUCCAUGUGGCAGAGAAGCUGUUCAAAUGCAGUGACUGUGGGAAGGUGUUCUUGAAGGCCUUUGCCCUCCUUGACCAUCUGAUAACUCACUCUGAAGAGAGACCCUUCAGAUGCCCAACAGGCAGAAGUGCUUUUAGGGAGAAGUCAAUUCAUAUUAACCCCCGAAAAAUUCACACUGGAAAAACAUCCCAUGUGUGUAAUGAGUGUGGGAAGGCCUUCAGUUACCCGUCUAAGCUGAGGAAACACCAGAAGGUUCACACAGGCAUAAAACCUUUUAAGUGUAGUGAAUGUGGGAAAACCUUCAACCGCAAAGAUGCACUUGUUCUACACCAGAGGAUUCACACUGGAGAAAGGCCUUAUGCGUGCAGCAAAUGUGGGAAAACCUUCAGUGUUCUGUCUACCCUCAGUAGGCACCAGAAAGUGCACACUGGAGAAAGGCCCUAUGAGUGUACAGAAUGUGGGAAGUUCUUUAAAUAUAGUAAUAGCUUCGUUCUUCACCAGAGAGUUCACACUGGAGAAAGGCCUUUCGAAUGCAAGCAAUGUGGGAAGCCUACGUGACUCGUUCAGGCCUCUAUCAGCACUGGAAAGUCCACACUGGGGAACGGCCGUAUGAAUGUAGCCUGUGUGGGAAAACCUUUACUACCAGGUCCUACCGCAAUCGGCACCAGCAGUUCCACACUGAAGAGAGGCCUUAUGAAUGUACAGAAUGUGGGAAAGCCUUCAAACAUAGUUCUACUCUCCUUCAGCACAAGAAAGUUCAUGCUUCAGAAAGGCCUCAGGAGGACAGGUCACAUGGGAAAGUUGUUAGCUGCUAGCACUUGUGCAUCAGAAAAGGUCUUUUUUUUUUUUUUUUGAGACGGAGUUUCGCUCUUUUCACCCAGGCUGGAGUGCAAUGGCGCGAUUUCGGCUCACCGCAACCUCCGCCUCCUGGGUUCAGGCAAUUCUCCUGCCUCAGCCUCCCGAGUAGCUGGGAUUACAGGCAUGUGCCACCAUGCCCAGCUCAUUUUUUGUAUUUUGAGUAGAGCCGGGGUUUCACCAUGUUGACCAGGAUGGUCUCGAUCUCUCUCUCUCUUUUUUUUUUUGAGACGGAGUUUCGCUCUUGUUACCCAGGCUGGAGUGCAAUGGCGCGACCUUGGCUCACCGCAACCUCCGCCUCCUGAGUUCAGGCAAUUCUCCUGCCUCAGCCUCCCAAGUAGCUGGGAUUACAGGCAUGUGCCACCCGCUCAGCUAAUUUUUUGUGUUUUUAGUAGAGAUGGGGUUUCACCAUGUUGACCAGAAUGGUCUCGAUCUCUUGACCUUGUGAUCCACCCGCCUCAGCCUCCCAAAGUGCUGGGAUUACAGGCUUGAGCCAUCGCGCCCGGCCCAGAAAAGGUCUUAUUCCAGAAAGAAGAUUGAGGAGAGUGACUGUGAGAGUGCCAUGUGAAAGAAGCUUAACCUUGUAUAUCCCAGCAUCCUCCCUGGGGGGGGGUUCCCAUGUGUGCCUGGUUUGUGGGAAGCUUUCAGGAGCCACACUGCGCUCUGACUUGCCUGGGGCUGUUGGCAGUGUCAUGUUACUGUCAGUUAAUGUGAUAGAAACCAUCCACUUCUAUCCACCCUGUAAGAUCCCUACAGCAAGUGGUGCAGCAGACCUUGGGUUCCUUGUUCUAAACUGUAGAGAAUCAUUAAUGGUAGAGCCCAAAACAGCUCAUUCCUUACCCCUGACUGGUCUAGCUGUGAACACGAUCCAGCUCUGGCCAGAGGAGCUGAGCUGGUGUAAGCUGGGGGCUUGUUGGGAAGGUUUACCAUUUUCAUGGACGCGGUUGAUAUUACAUGGGGUAUUUGCCCUGCGCUAGCGUGGACAGUCUCAUACUGCUCUGGACUGUGGUAAUAAAGCCUUUAUUGUUUAAGCCACUUAAAAAAAAUUUUUUUUUUUGAGAUGGUCUUGCUUUGUUGCCCAGGCUGGAGUGCAGUGGUGCCAUCACAGCUCACCACAGCCUCAAACUCCUGGUCUCAAGGGAUCUUCCUGCUUUAGCCUCCUAAGUAGCUGGUGCUACAGGUGUGCACCAUCACACCUGGCUAAAUUUUGGUAGACAGGGUCUCGCUCCAUUGCCCAAGCUGGUCUCCAACUCUGAGCCUCAAGCUGUCCUCCUGCCUUGGCCUCCCAAAGUGCUAGGAGCCACUGUGCCUGGCCUAGUGUUUUUAGAGGCAGGGUCUCACAGUCUUGCCCAGGCUGGAGUGCAGUGGUAUGAUCCCAGCUCAUUGCAGACUUGGACUCCUGGACUCAGGUGAUGCUCUUGCUUAAUAGCUAGGAUUGCACUUGUGUGCCACCAUGUUUGGCUAAUUUGAAACAUUUUUUGUAGAGACAGGAUCUUGCUACAUUGCCCAGGCUGGUCAUGAACUCGUCGCCUCAAGCACUCUUGCCUCAGCCUUCCAAGUGCUGGUAUUAUAGUUGUGAGCCUCUGUGCUCCACCAAGUCACUUUUUUUUUUUUUGAGACGGAGUUUCGUCCUUGUUACCCAGGCCGGAGUACAAUGGCGCGAUCUCGGCUCACCGCAACCUCCGCCUCCUGGGUUCAGGCAAUUCUCCUGCCUCAGCCUCCUGAGUAGCUGGGAUUACAGGCACGCGCCACCGUGCCCAGCUCUUUUUUUGUAUUUUGAGUAGAGACAGGGUUUCACCAUGUUGACCAGGAUGGUCUCGAUCUCUUGACCUCGUGAUCCACCCGCCUUGGCCUCCCAAAGUGCUGGGAUUACAGGCGUGAGCCACUGCGCCCAGCCCAAGUCACUUUUAAUAUUGAGGUUCUCAUCCCUGUGUGUGAAGAGAUUGAGAAUAGAAUCAGGCACUAUCACCAUAAGUCGAGGGAGUGGCUUUUGUGGAGGCGGUCUCUUUUUUUCUGCCUCAGUGGGGAUGGCAGGAUGACAGAAAAUAGUUCAAGUCAAGUAGUCAAGUUGGCCUAAUUUGUAUUGGCCCCUGAGUCAUUCAGGGAAAGAAAGACCCGUAGCCUGCAUGUCAGGUAUGUUUGUGGGUCCAGAGCUCACCUUGAAGAAGGGGAUAGUUGGUGUGAGAUCUGUAUGUUUAUGGAGAGAAAACGUUGGGUUCCUUGUUCCCAGGGAAUGUUCCAGAACUUCCAGCAAUGGUCACAAGGAGCUGUUUCCAGAUUCAGCUCAGAAGCCAUAUUCUCCAAAAUCUGGAACGUGGAGAUGAGACAACUGAAGCUUAGGAGUCUGUGUUCGAGAUCACACAAUUCAUUAGCAGUAGGAGUCCAAGUUGAACCAAGCGGGAAGGGUUACUGAGUGUUUUGGCACCCUUGGCCUUCAACUACUACUCUUCAGAUUUCACAGGCCCCGUAUUCUGGAUAAUUCACUCAAAGCUUGGGAGUUGGAGGUGAGGGAAUCAACACAGGCAUCAAAGAGAAGACAGAUGCCAACACUAGCAUGGAGGAGAGAUUGCAGCUGAUCUGGAGGUAUGAUUGGGAGAGAUUGAGAAGCCUUUCAGGGGAGUCCCUGAUGUGGGAGGGCACAAACAAAGGCCCAGGGGAAAGGAACUGCCCAGUAGGUCCCAGAGGAGGACCACCAUCGGAUACAACAGAGUGUAAAGUAACAGGGUAGACGGUAUACUGCAUCAACGGGGGGAAGGCAACUGCCUUUUGUGUUGAGGAUAGUCUGAAAGCAAUGGACCACUGAAUCCCACAAAAGCUGGCAACCUGCACAGCUCAAAGGUCUUUGCCUGGAAUACUCUGGCAUUAUUGGCAAACGUCUCCCUUCCUCUCACAGGUUGGCUGCUGUACACUGAGCCCCAGUGGGAGAUCAGAAGGCAGGUUCAGCAGAAAUACACAGGACUCUGCUCAUGUACUGGGAACCAUAUCAUUCUUCCUUUUUUACAGACAAGGUCUCAUUCUGUUGCUCAGGCUCGAGUACAGUGGUGCAAGCGUAGCUAGCUCAGGGCAGACUUUAAGUCCUGGGAUCCAGCGAUCCUCCUGCCUCAGUCUCCCAAAUAGCUGGGAACAUGCUACCAUCAUGCCCAGCACCACUUUAUGAUAUCUAAUCUUAGCCACUGACACAGAGGAUUGCGCUCUGAUGACGCGUCUACCCUAACUUCAUUUGCUUGGAAGCCCCCAUGUGACUCAACUGGCCUUUAAUUCUGAUCCCACACGAAUCUUCCAUAUUGGAGAUAUUAUACUCAGGAAGGCAGGCCUGAGCAGGGUGGGCAUCCCCCAGACACCUCCCUGUGCUGGGGAGUACUUGGGAAGCCCUGCCGUAAUCUCUGCUCCCUGCAAAACUGUUGUGGCUUCUGCUCAUGACGUAGUUAUCAUUGUCCGUCCCCUCAGGGGCUUCCGAGACAGGUGGCAGCUGCAGUGGCCUCUGAUCGGUCAUAUAGUAUGGAUGGACACCACAGGCCAAAGAGCUUCAUGUCAGAAGAUUUCUGGUCUAUUCUCCCCUAGGCCUCAGGAGGACCCAGGGAAAUAUACAAAGCCAACUUAUAGUUUUGGUGAACUGAGUUUGUAUUGAAAUGUUUUUUGAAAUGAUUUUCAACAUUUACGAAAUCAGAUGCCACAUAAAAAUCCAAGUAUUUGACUCUUCUCGCAAAACCAGGAAGACUCCACCAUAUUGUUUCCCCACCCCUAAGAGGGGCAGACCUGCUUGGUGGCCGCCAUAAGUGGAAUUAUGAAGGCCCUGGCCAUGUGACUCUCUAGAAACCCUGGCUACUCACAUAAGCCACUCUAGACCAUGAUUUCUGUCUUCUCUGCCUUGAGGUUCCUACCUGUGCAGUGAUGGCCAUGAGAUGAACAGCCCAGAGAGUCCACAGGAAUCCACAAAACAUUUAUUUGGAUUUCAGUUAUGAGUGACAGGGCUCCUGGGCAACAGCUAUUAGGAAAGCUCACGAGGCUGUUCAGAAGAGAGACAGGGGAAGUACACACAGCAGACUGGGCACCGCAGCACCUACAACAGGAAACCUGAGAAGGAAGCAGUACCCAUGAUCUGGCUUUGGCAUGAACAGAACUUUCUAUGGGGAAGAGACACAGGGCAUAAGCUGGUCACCACCAUGCUGGGGCAGGGCAUUACCAAGUGAGGUAAUGAGCUCAAAGUUUUCCACCAUCACAUUGUGGUACAGGUGCCUCUGGGCUACAUCAAGGAGCCCCCACUCCUCCUGGGAGAAAUAUACAGCCACAUCUUCAAAGGUUA